AUCCGUGGUAUACUAUAACAUUUGUUAACUGUUGUAAUCUGUGACUGAUACUUGCACAGAGAUCAUACUAUCAUAUUGAUUGCCUGUGAAAAGAAAUGAAUAACGAUCUUUGUAUUUGUGGAACAUCAAUUGCAAGUGUUAAAAUGUUAUUUGUGUUAUAAUAAAAUACAACCAAUCAUGGCAUCCAGUCUUUCAAAAAAGGACAUUGAAGAAAUUAAGCCGUAUGUAGAUAAAACGGUUCAGAAGUUUUUGGGUUUUAGUGAACCUUCGUUAGUGACGGCAGCAUUAAAUUGCCUUACAUCAGGAUAUGACAGGCGGAAAACCUCAAAUAAGUUGGCAUCUCUGCUUGAUGAGAAAAAGGCUUCUAGACUUACAGAACGUAUAUUUGAUUUGGCCGAAGAGUUGAAAUCAGCUCAGCGAGCAUCUCGGAAACGACAUCAUGAACACGAACUAAAACAAGAAGAUAAGGAAGUCUCAAAGAAAGCUAAGACAAAAGCUAACAUGGAACCUGAGGUGACAACAAUUCCAGCCCCAGGAAACCCAAGUCCUGGUCAGCUCACAACAUUGCAGAUAAAAGAAAUGAUGGCAAAUGCCCAGAAGAUGAUAGAGGAAAGAAAGCGUGCUCUAAAUGCUCUGCGGGCGGAUGAAAUUCCACCUGUUCGUAGUUUCACUUUCCAUAAUGAUGAUGCUUUUACUGUUCAUCCGAGUUUGUAUGGUUUACCUCCCACAUCUAUUCCAUCACUGUUGCAACGUGGAGAAACAGACAAGGCCAGAAAAAUUGCUCAGCUUCAGGCUCAAAUUCAGUCCAAACUUUCAACAGGAAUGUUAAGCCUUCCUCCUAUUCGACCACUCAUUCAAGACAAACCUACUCCAUUGAUUUUGGAUGAUGAAGGCCGUACUGUAGACAUCACAGGCAAAGAAGUCCAGCUGACACAUGUAGUUCCAACCCUUAAGGCUAACAUCCGAGCAAAGAAACGUGAGGAAUUCAGGCAACAACUACAGGAGCGAGUUGUUGAGGAUCUGUCAGAAACACAUUUCUUUGAUCCACGCAUUGGGAUGAAGUCUGCUGUUCGUAACAAAAGGGCACUUCGUUUCCAUGAGCCAGGCAAGUUUCAGCAGUUGGCCGACAGAAUGAGGAUGAAGGCUCAACUGGAAAAGUUGCAGAAUGAGAUCUCACAAAUUGCCAAGAGGACGGGUAUCACAUCUGCUACCAAACUAGCACUGAUAGCACCCAAAGCUGAACACCGGGAAGAAGAAAUUCCUGAUGUUGAGUGGUGGGACUCUGUAAUUCUCACAGAAGAAAAUUACAUUGUGAGAAAUGGGAAACCACUUUUGAAGGAAUCCGCAAUAACAAAUCUUGUGGAACAUCCGAUUCAGUUGAGACCACCUACGGAUCCUUUGAAACCUGUGUAUAUGCCUGUGUUUCUCACAAAGAAGGAGCGGAAGAAGCUGCGGAGGCAAAACCGACGUGAGGCUUGGAAGGAAGAACAGGAAAAGAUUCGACUUGGUCUGGAACCACCACCUGAACCUAAGCUGAGGAUAUCAAAUUUGAUGCGAGUGUUAGGAACAGAAGCGGUUCAAGAUCCAACCAAGAUUGAAGCUCACGUGCGAGAACAAAUGGCAAAGCGCCAAAAGGCUCACGAAGAAGCAAAUGCCGCUAGGAGGCUGACUGCAGACCAGAGAAGAGAAAAGAAAGUCCGCAAAUUAAAGGAGGACACCACACUAGGUGUCAGUGUAUCUGUAUAUAGGGUAAAAGAAUUGUUAAAUGCAUCUAAAAAAUUCAAGAUAGAAACAAAUGCCAAACAGUUGUUUAUGUCCGGAUGUGUAGUAUUAUUUAAAGACUGCAAUGUUGUGGUUGUGGAAGGUGGUACAAAGCAGCAAAAGAAAUAUAGAAGAUUAAUGCUUAACAGAAUAAAAUGGGAAGAAGAUACAGUGAAGGACAGUGAUGGAAAUGAAUCUGCUAACAAAUGUGUCAUGGUUUGGGAAGGGACUGUGAAACAGAGAAACUUUGGUGACAUGAAAUUCAAAGUUUGCCCAACAGAGAAAUUAGCAAGAGAACACUUCAAAAAGCAUUCUGUGGAGCAGUACUGGGACUUGGCAUAUAGUGGGGCAGUUCUUGAAGCAACUGACGAUGUUUAAAAUUUCUCCUCUGUGCAGACACACGUGAUGGUGAAUCAGUGAUGCAUUUUACAAAAGUCAAUGGUAUUUGUAAACUGAAUUUAUUAAGAAUAAGAGAUGCUUGUAAUAAGGAAUUAAACUCAUACAUUGUUACAUAGAAAGACUAGUUUGUGGAAUGCAUUUCUCAAAUAGGUCUUUGCAGUAUGCCAAGAAUAGUAAGAACCAGAAAGUUGCGUACUUUUCAAAGCUCUGUUAAUAUAUAAUUUCAGGGUCCUACAUCAAGUGGCUCCCAUCAGUAGCAUGGUGUGCUGUUCUGGAACUAGAAUAAUUUUGAGAAUAAUAGCCAACGGAAGGGAGUAACACUUGAGAAUGGACUCUGACAAAUCUGCAUUGAAGUUGGGUUGUGGAUUUGAACCUAAGAAUCUCUGCAUGUGAGAGUAGUGUAUACCCUGUGACCAAGAUGUCCUAAUUUAUAAUGACAUGGAAUCUUAAUUAACUCUCUUUUGUAUGAAGUUGACGGUUGCUGAACUGGUCAAGAAGUUCCUUAUUUUUUUUGUACUGUAAUCCUUUGUUCCAGUUCUGGACCAGAUCCUGAGUCUAUUGAAUCAAGUCCACAUCAUCCCAGUCUGUUCCUUUAGUAUACAUUUUGAUACUCUCCCAACUAUGCCAAGGUUUCCACUCUGUUCUCUUGUCUUGAGGUUCUCUAUGGUUGGAUGUAUCACAUCUUUUCCAGGUGUGCUACAUGCCCUGUUGAUCUCAUGCUAUUCCAUAUGAGCACCCUAAUAAAUUGUUGGGUACAAAUUA